AAUAACCUAACUUUUCAAUUAUUUUCCUGAAAGAAAUAUGUACUUACACAACUAAUAUAAAUCCUGACUAAAGUGGAUUAUAAAAUUCGCUGUUGUUGAUCUAUUAUGUUUAUGUGAAAGUGCUGUUAAAUACUUGAGUGUGAGUAUAAUGUAUACUAAGUUUUUUCGUGUCCAUGGAGAGUUCUGUGCAAGCCAUCCAUGGGAGGUGAUCGUUGCCACACUAACUUUAACAGCAUGCAUGCUAACAGUGGAGCAACAGUCUUUCAUCUCUCCACCAAAAGCAAAAAUCCAUGGAAACUGUGUGGAGUGUCUGCAAGAUGUUGAGUACAAUGCAGCUGAUGUUAUAGUGAUGACACUUAUCCGAUGUCUGGCAGUGCUUUAUGGAUAUUACCAAUUCUGCAAUCUCCAUAAGCUUGGAUCAAAAUACAUUUUAGGAAUAGCUGGGUUGUUCACAGUCUUUUCCAGCUUCAUAUUCAGCACAACUCUGUUAAACUUGCUGCAAGUGGAAGUUGUUGAACUGAAGGAUGCCCUAUUCUUCUUCCUUUUACUCAUUGAUUUAUCAAAGGCUGCUAAACUAGCAGAGUAUGCUUUGAGCGCCUCCAACCAUGAAGAAGUUAAAAUCAAUAUUGCCAGAGGCAUGUCAGUGCUUGGACCGACCAUCACUUUGGACACAAUUGUGGAGACUCUGGUGAUUGGUGUUGGGACAUUGUCAGGUGUGGAGCGCCUGAAUGUGUUAUCCUGCUUCGCCUGUUUAUCAGUUAUUGUUAAUUACAUAGUAUUCAUGACUUUUUACCCGGCGUGUCUUUCCCUCACGCUGGAGGUGUCGCGCAUCUCCGAAUCGAAUUUCAGCCUCUGCAAAGCUUUGCAAGAAGACGAGCAGAAGAGUUCGAAUCCAGUUCUGCAACGAGUUAAGAUCAUCAUGUCUGUUGGAUUGACUUUGGUGCAUGCACACAGUCGUUGGCCGCAAAAUGAAGACGAUGUUAUAACACCGUUCGUCGUACAAGAAGAACCAAACGCGUCUAAUGAAUCAUCGCUUUAUUCGUUAAUUAUGAAAUGGGUCAGUUUGAGCACCGAUCAUUUGGUGAUCUUAAUACUGUUAUCAGCGUUAGUUGUUAAAUUCGUUUUCUUUGAGAACAAACUCAGUGGAACGGAUAGUAAAAGCGAUUUGUUGAAGAUCUUAAGACACGACCAGGAAGUGCAGACGCAACAGAGCAGUUUAGAGGAUGAAGCGAAGUUGAUUGAAUUAGAGGAAUCUGGUGACAACGACGUAAUGGAAUUGGUUAGAACCAAAGUAAUUUCGCAGUAUAACUUGGAGAAGGCACUAGGGGAUUGCGAACGCGCCGUGAGGAUUCGGAGAAAGUUGCUGAAAGCAAAUUUUGAAGGUUUACCUUAUAAAAAUUAUGAUUACCAUAAGGUGAUGGGUGUUUGUUGUGAGAACAACGUGGGGUACAUUCCGGUGCCAGUUGGAGUGGCGGGACCAUUGAAAUUAGAUGGAAAGACAUAUUACGUGCCUUUGGCUACGACGGAAGGAUGCCUUGUGGCCAGUACAAAUCGAGGUUGUCGCGCGGUUAAUCGAUGUGGAAUCAAAAGCAAAUUGAUCGCUGAUGGUAUGACUAGAGGACCUGUCGUCCGUUUCUCCACGUUGGAGAAGGCGACCGAAACUUUGACAUGGAUCGAAUCAAAUUUCGAUAGUAUUAAAGUAAAGUUUGAUGGUACAAGUCGUUUCGCGAGAUUGACCAAAAUCCAUCCGCGUCUAUUCGGAAGAUUACUGUUCAUCAGAUUUGUAGCCAAAACCGGAGAUGCGAUGGGCAUGAACAUGUUAUCAAAAGCUACAGAAGCUGCCUUACAAUUCCUUAAAGAUAAAUUUGAAGACAUGGAAAUUUUGAGUUUGAGCGGUAACUUCUGCACGGACAAAAAGUCUGCUGCAAUCAAUUGGUUGGAAGGAAGAGGUAAAUCGGUUAUAUGCGAAGCCAUCAUCCCCGAAGAAAUCGUCAGGACUGUAUUGAAAACAACGGUAGAAAGAUUAGUCGAUGUUAACUUGUCGAAGAACUUGAUUGGAUCUGCUGCGGCCGGAAGUGUUGGCGGCUUCAACGCCCACGCAGCUAAUAUAGUCACUGCCAUUUUCAUAGCCACAGGUCAGGAUGCCGCUCAAAACGUCGUCAGCAGCAACUGCAUGACCCUAAUGGAAAGCUGCGGCGAUGAUGGAAAAGAUCUGUACAUCACGUGCACGAUGCCAUCGAUUGAAAUAGGAACCGUAGGUGGUGGAACCAUAUUAUCACCUCAAGGAGCCUGCCUGGAUAUGCUGGGCGUGAAAGGAUCGAACGUGGAGCGUCCCGGUGAGAAUGCAAACCAGUUGGCGAAAAUCGUCUGCGCCACUGUUCUAGCUGGAGAGGUUUCCCUGAUGGCUGCACUAACCGAAGGACAUUUAGUGAAGAGCCAUUUGAAACACAACAGAUCGAAUGUAAAAUUGUAACUCCAUUUCGCAUUAUUUU